AUGGGAUGGGUGUGGAAGGACGACGAUGAAUCGGAAGAAUUCAAGUCUUCGUCCUCCGCCGGCGAAGUUGAAGCCUACAAGAAGCAGUCGUCCGAUGAGGUUUGCUCGACGCGGAAAGUGGUGAGGUCGAACUGCAAGACGGAGGAGGUGGAGCCCGGGAAGUUUCUCCGCAAGUGCGAGAAGACCGAGGAGGUUCUCAGAGAGUGCCUUGGAAAGCCUACUGAAGUGCUGAAAUCCAACAAAGAGUACACCGAAGAAGACGUGACGGAGAUGAUGAGCAAAGGAUCCUUUCAAGCAGGCAGUCACGAUUGGGAAGGAGGACCAUUCAGCUUUCCUGGGCUUCGAAGUGAUAUAGGAGAGCUUGAAAGCCACUUCCAGGGUCAUUUUGACCGCUUCUUCCAAGCAGCCGAGGAGAUGAAAAACAGCUUACUCGAUGCAUUUGAAGGAUUCCCAGGUGAGAACUCGGCAUUCCCUCCAUUCACAAGGCGAAACAUCCCCAUUGAAGGACGCCCCGAGGAGAAGAGAAGUCAUUACAACCAGGAGGAGGUGAAGAAUGGAGAUGUAGACAUCUCAGGUCUUGCCAAAGAAGUUUAA